UCAGUUCAGACGUAAUUUACAGCCCGUUCUGAGGUCUGUCUCUCCCCCUCUUCAGUGACAGGCAGAGCAGCAGGCUAGCAAACAGAGCAGCAGAUGCUGUAAAAGGCUCCCGUGUCGAGUGUCCAAUAACCGGACGGGACAGGACGCAUGUUUACAUCCACGCGGCUUUCAGAGGCGGGGAUGUGCGCGCGCCGUUCACUCUGCUGCGGGCGCGUGAGCAGCUCGGGAUAAAACGGGAUCCUCCAGCAAGUGGCCCGCUAAACAUGCAGCGGAAAGUACCGGAUUGUGUUCCUGACAGACGUACCGAGGCAACAAUUCGACAGGAGAGCUUCAGAUGCCAAGAAGCGGAGUGAUUCGCUGCGGAAAAGAGACUCCAUCCAUCCAUCCGUCCAUCCAUCCAUUCAUCCAUCCGUCCAUCAUGAUCGGGAGCCUAUUGAUCAGUGUAUCAUCAUAAGUGCCGAUGCGAGAAUAAUGGACAGUAAAAACCUUGCUACUGCCCCCGUGUGGUGUGGAGGAAUGAAGGACUCUGGAUGAAGGCCAUGGAGCUGAAAGUGUGGGUGGACGGAGUGCAGCGCAUCGUGUGCGGGGUCACAGAGUUCACCACAUGCCAGGAGGUGGUCAUUGCUUUGGCUCAGGCCAUCGGACGCACUGGCAGGUACACCCUGAUCGAAAAAUGGCGUGAAACAGAACGUCACCUGGCCCCCCAUGAGAACCCUGUGGUAUCCCUCAACAAGUGGGGUCAGUAUGCCAGCGACGUCCAGCUCAUCCUCCAACGAACCGGCCCGUCUAUUAGCGAGCGGCCAACAUCUGACGGGCAGGCUCGUGUUCCAGAGCGGGGCUUCUACCGGCAGAGCCUGCCCCCUCUGGCCAAGCUCCGCCCGUCAGGGACUGACCGCUCGCUCAAAAGAAGGGAACCCAAACGCAAAUCUCUGACCUUCACUGGAGGGGCAAAGGGUCUGAGGGACAUAUUUGGGAGGAGCAGAGAUGCUGAAGCCAAACAGACUCAGCAGCGAGGUGUGAGCCUGAAUCUGAACAGGGUUUGUGGUGUUGGAGCAUCAUCUGUACCUGGGAGUCCAGCCAGAGAGCUGGGCCGGCUAGUGCAGCUGCAGAGAGACAAACUCCAAGCCCUAGAGAGCCGUCUGCUGGGCUGCAAGGCUGAGCUGCAAGACUGGGAGGAGGCUGCUGGCGAGACCAGUGAAGAGGCAAAUUUAGAGGAAGAGCUGCUGCUUUUAGAGCAGCAGGUGAGGAGGAACGAUGCAGAGAUGGAGGAGGAAGAAUUCUGGCAGAACGAGCUUCAGAUUGAGCAAGAGAGUGAGCGGCAACUCCGGCAGCAGCUAGUGGAGCUGCAGGGUGGCGUACGUGACUGUGAGGCCAAGCUUUCAGAGUACUUAUCACGCAUACAGAUUAUGGAAGCAAGCCUGGAGCAGGAGCGACAGCAGCAGGAGGCUGAGCUCAACCAGAAGGUCAAUGAGGAGGAGGUGCAGGAGCAGCUGGAGAAAAUGAGUGCAGAACUUGAAAAGCAAAGCCAACACACCGCUCUGCUGGAAAGCAGUUGCAAGGCAUUGGAACGUUCACUUGGCCAGUCCAGCAAGAGAUUACAGGAGAAAGAGCAGGAGCUGGAGCAGCUGACGAAAGAGCUCCGACAGGUCAACCUGCAGCAGUUCAUCCAGCAGACCGGCACCAAGGUCACUGUGCUGCCUGCAGGAGAAAACAACAACAACGAAGUUGAAUCUGGCUCACUGAAACGGCUUGGCUCUUCCCGUCUCUUACCCAGCGACCUCCGCGCUCUUCAAAACACCGUCUCCUCCAGCCUGAACCCUGAGGGCAUCUAUGUUUGACUCCAAAAACCUUCAAAAAUUGCUUCUUUGCCCACCACAGAUGUUACCAGGACCUGAAAAUUAACUGCUGAAACAGCAGGAAGAUGUUGCAAAAGACAUCACACAGAGGAUGAAAACCAAUCUGAGAGAAAACUUUACCACAUUUUGCAUCCUCUUCCAUCCUCGAAGACUCAAAGUGAUGUCAGCAUCCAUUUGCAAAUGUACUGUUCAAGUCUACAAAUCUCCAUUUUCAGAGUGAAGAAAGAACUACCAGCCAGCAGAUGUAUUUUUGUUGAUAGACUUUAUUUUUAUGUUGUGAAUCAUCAUUCAAGGAAUCAAAAUGUCGACAUUUGUAAAUGUACUCCAUUGCACGAGCAUGCACAAACACAGACACCACACCUGUGCUAUAAGCAUUGCCAUAUCUGAUUGCCUUACUCUGGUGUUGUAAAGCCAGGUGUCAAUAAUGUUAAAAAGAACUCAAGGAAGAUACUGAACUAUGCGCCAUAUUAGAUAGAUGGAAUACUUCCAAGCACCUAUUCAGGUUGUCAUUGUAACUGAUGUCAGCAUUACUCAGCACUGGCUCCUUUUCUUUCACACAAGGUUUAAUUCAGUUUAUGCUGCCUUCAAAUGGUGAAGUUGAGUAGAGGAGAGACUGUCCUAAAAGUGGUUACUGAAUGGGAACAUUGUUGCUGGACAAGAAGAAGAUGGCUACUCCUGACUUUCUACAUGGAAAUGCUCCUAAUACUUUAUUUAUUUUCUUGUAAACAACACAAGGAGGCGUAAGACAUGAGGGCAAAGAUCAUGUCAUACUGAUGGCAUACUUGUCAUAUCUCCGUAUGGGCCUAUAAAAACUGAAGUCCAUGGGCUCCAUCAUGUCUAAAAAUGUCACAGCUUGUGACACUGAUGAUUUCAGAAAGUUAAGCUGCGUAUCAGAAAAAGGGGACGUUCAAAGGGUCACGUCUUGUGAACAGGACCUCAUUUGAAGGCAUUGUUAAUCCUACUUGAGAGAUAUGGGCUUUUUGUGUUGUUCAAAAAUUGGUUAAGGAAAUGAUUAUGAAGAAAUGAAAGAUAAAUGGAGCAGCUUGAGAAAAAUGACAUUUUCUUUGAAUAUUUGUGGUUAAUUUUAUUUUUUUUCUGAUGAAGAGCAAUCAGUUUUGUCUUUGUUUUAUCUGAUAACUUCCCUAAAACCACAUCCAGCCUAGAAGGCAUGCCAACAGUAACGUUUUAUUCUCAAUCUGACCACUAGGUGGCAGCAAAUCCUAUAUUAUCCAGAAAGUUAACUUUGUGAAAGUUACUCCUGCCUUGUUUUAUCUCUCUUCAUGGCUGAAAUAUGUCUUUGCAUAUGAUUUUGUAACAAUGCCUCCAAAAAAGGGGACUUGACUUUUUAAUCCGAGGUUCCGCUGAGAUUGUAGGCCUGACAUGUUUCACUGUCUUCAUCCAUCAUCUUUUUGAUAUAACAAACUGAAGAUGUCUCAUAUGAACCAAAGCUAGUGUUAAAAAUAUACAUAGUGAGAUGAAUGUACCUUUCAUGUGUUUCCAGCUCACACCCAUGAACUAAAAUGGUAAUCAUGAAUGUUGAGAUGGUUUAAGAUGGAACAGGAAGUUUCAUAUGAAAGGAUAAAAUGUGACAAAGAGGGAGUUAAAGGCAAAUAUAAGACACCUUUUUCUUCACAGUUUAUAUUUUUUUACUACGAUUCCACAAGUAUUUGGAUAUUGUGUUUAGUCAAACUAGGAUUUGCAGCCUUUUUUUUUAACCAUAUCUAACCAUAGCCGGUUGUUAAAAUGAUUGAUCCUAAAAUUCAACUCAAUUUUAGGAGCAAUUUCUGCUUUGACACCAGAAAACUUUUGAAUACAGAUGAAGAAUUGGUGUAAUUUUAAACACCUCUGUGCUUUUAUUUACUAUUAUCUCUUUUGUGUUUCAUGGCUGUAUUCAGAACUGCCUAAUACACACUAUUGUGAAAUAGUAGUAUACAGUAUGACUGCUCCUGUAUGGAAGUAAAGAAGUAAUGGCCAACAGCCAUUUCAGACUGGGUGUGGCGACUACAGAACAGUUGGGUCACAGCUUGAUUUUCAUUUCAGCAUCCAUUACAAUGCAUUAACAAGUCAAGGCUUUCAGACUGCCCAAGUGAGCACCCCGCCUCUCAUGAGAUCCAAGUGGGGUCUGGCUGCAGACCACGAAUCUCAGACGCCCUCUCGCAUGCCACCACUGUGAGAUGCUGCAUCUGUCAGAACAGAGAGGAUGUAAUUUGUUGGUACUAUGUUUUAGAGUUUUUCAAAAUUCUACUUCAUCCAUUAACAAAGCCUGACAUUCAUGUAACAACCACAUCACAAACAUUACAGGCUAAGCAACCUUUCAUAAAUAAAAUAAAAGCUAAUCUGGUCUGGUCUAAUCUGGGAUUAAAUAAAGUAGACCCGUUUUAGUAGUUACACAAAUGAUGACCCACUUAAGCUUCAUUAGCUUUAGCUAAAGCUAACAUAGCUUUGCCAGGUAUGUAGUUUACGUUACUAUGUAAGCCAGUGAAGCUUCUUCUAAAGCUAACGACGCUAAAGCAAGCCAGAUUUGCAUACACAUAAACAGGUCUAGCUUUAGCAAACAUCGCAUAAUCUGACAGUUUAUGUAACUAAGUUACCAAUUUAGUUUACGUAGCUUCUCAGCUUUACAUUUAGCCUUUUAGCUAUGUAAUCUACGUAGCUUACGUAGCUUCAUUAGUGUUAGAUUGAGCUACCUUAUUUAUGUAGCUACAUUAUCUACAUAGCUAACACAGCUUUGUUAAUUUUAGCCUUAGCUACAUUAGCUAUAUUAGAGUGUUCUGAUGGAGGACAACCUUUUUUCCUGUAAGCAGAAUGUUUACUCAGCUUUGUUAAAUGUUUUGUAAGUAGGUUCUUCAGGUGAGGGUUUUGACAGUUAACUUUUGGUAUCCUAAUACUUACUGAAGCCGUAACCCAAACCCUAGCAGGAGGUAUUUUCCGAUUUUAUUUUGAAAUUUUUAGCAUCUAUUUUGGUUCUGACAAAUGCAGCUUCUCCAGUAAAGGUGUGCAAGUUUUCUGCAGCCAGACUGUCUUGGAGAAUCUGAGAAAAUCCUUUUUCAGAGCAACAUGAAAAAGUGACGACCUUAAUGAAGCCACAAGCCAAGGAGUCUGAUGAAGAUGUUCUGUAUUUUUUCCACCCCUUCACCUAGGUAGAAUGUGUCAUGGUGGAUCAAAAAUUGUCAGAUUACAUUUCUGGUUUGUACUUUAAAAAGUAAAAGCCUCGGAUAGAAUGCUUUUAUUCUGAAAUUUUCCAGGCACAGUUAGGCUAUACGAUGACUCAAGUUACUUAUAUAGUGGUUUAUUCACUAUUAGGGAGACACAUCCUACAUGUCUGGACACCACAGCGUCACGCUGCAAACACACACCCAGUCUGAAAUGGAAGUCACACUGCUACAGUGUGGCAUCCAUGCAUGAUCUGUCAAUAGCUUACAAGUCAUUCAUUUGGAUUUUCAUGUUUUUUUUCAAAGAGUUAAACACUUACAUGUUCAACCUUUUAACAACUCAGAUAAAGUAAAUUCACUGGCAUAUUACGUGUCACUACACUAUAAAUGUAAAUAUAACAGAGUAAAAGCUAAUGCUAAUAAUGAUAAUACUGUUGUUAUGUGUACACACUUACUGCCUGGCAUUUCAACUCCUGACCAGUUGGCACUUUGAAUUUUGGCAAACAGGUAGAUUGGCCCUGUGCAUACUGGAGAUUGUUUUGGGGUAUUUUUGGCAAACUGUGGAUCUCACAUUUUUUCCCAUUCUGCAAACAGAAGAUGGCAUUUUGGCCAAAUUAGUACAUACUUCUAGCAUAGGAGGCAAUUUUGAAUACAGUCACAUUGUACCAAUCACUCCACAUUAUUUACUAUAGCUGCAGUUACUCUCAGUCUCCUGUGUGGAACAAUAAGUGUUAAGUGUGUUGAUUCUGGCACCAUAAAGAGUUAUUUUCAGUCUGUUCCAUAACUGAAAACUCCUUAUUAGAGCUUUAAAGAGUCAAUUACUACAUGAUUUGUGAAGAAAUCAGAAUGUGUAAUUAUAAGAAGUCUUACACUUACAUCAGUUUAAAUAAUGCUUUGGCCAACAUUAAAAUACACCAGUAUUUUCAUUCAAUCACAUUCUGAAUAAAAUUGUUUUAUCAAGAGGGUACUUUAACUUUUUAUACCUGUUUUUUUCCCUCAAGUAUUUUUUUUUACUAAGUAUUAAUUAAUUGAUGCAUUUCUACUUAUUUAUUUACUUUAGCACUGUCAUUUCUCCAACUUUGACACUUAUUUUCUUCCGCAUUUGCUAAUUUUGUCCUACUAUUUCUGUUUUCAAAGUAAAGGUGUCACAGGCUGGCUUUUAGACAGUAACAAAAACAGGAGACAGACAGAUGAACCAGAGCUUUUAAAUGAUUGUCAAGGUAACCUUAUUGACCCUUUUUGAGUCCACGGGAAUCAGUACUGUGGGAUCUUUCUUCCAUAUUUGCUCUGCAGUUCAAGGAUGACCAGAGGAAUUCACAUAACUGUGCAAACUAUCAUCAGAUAUGUUUUUGAGACAGAAGUUGCUCUAUAACAGUCAUUUCGACAUCUGGAGUCUUGAUGUUUCUCUGUCUGACUGAGACGUUUGAGUCAUGGCAUGCAUUACUGAUCAUGUAAAUACGGUCUACAUAUCACAUCAGUCUAUGGACGUUAUUUUUUUAAGUAGAUUGGAGCCUGAAAUAUGCAGAGUGCUAGAGAGGAUAGAUUUUAAUGUUGCCGUUCAAUAGGUAGCUCAGUGUGCAUGCAGUAAUGUGUGACUGGUCUUAUUUUGACUCCCAAUUAGAGGCCACUGAGGGUGUGGAGAUUAAUUUUAUUUUGGGUUUGUUGUGUCCCUUUCUGCCUUGUUGACAUUUACACUGAUGGGGAUUUGAGCUUUGGUAAAGAGCAGGCCAACAGGUCAGUGUAUGGCAUUAACAUUUUAGCAAAAGCAGCAUAUCAUUGUCUAGAUGUUUUUUUUUUUUUUUUUAAUUUAAAGCUCCUGUGUGGAACUUUUGGUUUGUGAUGUUUGGCGCCCCCUGUGGACGAAGUAAUGCCUCUUGUUACUUUACUUAUCUUGACCUGCAUGUGUCCUCUUUCUGUGAAUCUCUCCUUCUUAUAAAAUAUGCAGUCCUUUUCUUUAGUGGCGUUUGACACCUACCCCCUGGCAGCAGUUUCAGGGCUUCAGGAAAAGCCUCACAGAAAUAAUCAGUCUGCAUAUGAAGUGGCUUGUUUGUUUUUGUAGGUCAUAAAGGCACAUUAUUAUAAAUUUCAGUCUGAUUCACAGACAGCUGAAACCCUUCACAGGAGCUUUAAGUUUGCUUUGGGCAAUGUACACUUACAGGUCAUUUCAUUAGGUACACCUGUUCAAAGGCUCACUAUCCAGCCAAUCACAUGGCAGCAACCAAUGCAUUUAGGCAUGUAGAAAUGGUCAAGACAAUGUGCUGAAGUUCAAACUGAGCAUCAGAACGGAGAAAAAAGUUGAUUUAAGUGAACUAAUGCUAAUGGACCAGCUGAGUAAGUGUAUCUAAUAAAUUGGUCUUUAAGUGGAUGUUAAAGACAUCCAUGUGGCUUUUAACCUAGCAAAAGUUUACAGACAUUUUUAGCUACAUCUUACUCCUGCUUUUGUCUUUGAGACAUUGCCAAUUUCUGUUGUGCCAUCAAUGACAUUUUUUUUUAACAUACAAAUGCAAUAAUGGAGCAAUUGUGAAAAGAGCCAUGAAGUGGUUUUGAAAGUAAUUUCAGAAAUGUGUGGCUCAGGGAUGUUACAAAAUGGAAUAUUAUCCAGACAAGAAUGGGCUGAAAGUAAUUAUGGAUAAAUGCUGUUCAUGAUGUCUCAAGCCAUUUGACAAGUUAAAUCCUUUAUUUCCUCACACAGGAACUUGAGCGGCUGUUUGACAAGUUUAACAUGUAGCAUUGGCUCUGAAACAACACAACAAGCGUUGAGUGAAGUCAUAAUUUGGCUCUGGGAGAAUUGUAGCUUUUGUCUGAAAAGGAAAGUGUUUCUGUUGGCUCGUGAUCACGCAUUUUUUGCCUUCCAUGGAUAAAGAGAGAAAAUAUUGAAUGGCAAUCCUCAUUAAACUUGUUUACAUGACGUUACACUUCACACAGCCUGCUGGUUAGUACUCUGUGCUAGGCUAACAUCACUGACUUCUAUUAACUCAACACUUAGACGAGAGAAAUGAUUGUGUAUGAAAAUGUUAUGGUUUUGUAUUGUUUACUUACAAAUGUACCUACUUUGUUUUUAGCUUUCAGAAUGUAACAGAUUUUAUUCUUUGAGUCAGCCAUUAUGUAUAAAAGAGGGGAAAAUACCAUCAAAGAGCAAUGUAAAUUAACAAAUAAAUGAAUAAAAUAUAU